AUGUCAUCUACUGCAACCAAACCCGUUAUUGUCAUCGUGCCUGGAGCCUGGCAUGUGCCUGCACACUACGCACACCUCGCACUCAAACUCAACUCAGCCGGUUACACUGUAGAUUGCCUUGAAAUAUCAUCUACCAAUGAUGAAAAGGACCUGCCUGAGGACACCUGGAAUGAAGACAUCUCAAUAAUCCGAAAUGCCAUCACUUCUCACACGGAGGCCGGUAGAGACGUGGCAGUUGUGAUGCAUUCAUUCGGCGGCAUGACAGGCUCGGAAGCAGCAUGUGGUCUAGGCAAGAAGGAGAGCGAGACAUCCGGCUCUGUUGUCAAGCUCAUCUAUAUGACAUCUUUCAUGGUCCAGGAAGGUCAAACGCGUGCAGACUUCCCGACGAGUGAUGACUGGCCAAUUAUUGCUCGACUCGAUGAUGAAAAGAAUCCGAAGGCUCUUGUACCGCUGGAGCCACUGCAUUUCUUCUACCAUGACGUGCCCGAGCAAAUGACCCGGCGUGCAAUCGACAAUUUAGGAGGAUGCCCUCUCUCCCACGUCGCACAUGCACCAUCAAAGGUCGCUUGGCGCGAGAUCCCAACCGCAUACAUCAUCUGCGAAGACGACAGAGCAUUGACCAAGAACGGGCAAGAGCAAUUGAUCGAUGCUGUAAAGGCCCAGGGCAUAGAAGUGGAAGUCGCAAGGUUGAAGGCUAGCCAUAGUCCUUUCCUCAGCAUGCCAGCUGAGACUGCAAAGACGAUUCGUGGUUUCCUGGAAAAGGCUUGA